AUGGAAGGCGCGGAGGGAAGACUGGUAGGUAUGACUCUGUACUUCCUACACUUACCCUCCAUGCCUACCUACAGUGCCUGUAGCCGUUACUGUCCCGUCAAAAAAGGAGUUAACGAUUGUGGAGAGCCAACCAUGGACGACUGGGAAUGCCAACCAUGAAAGGCACGGACGGAAGACUGGAAGGUAUGACUGUGUACUUCGUCCACUUACUCUCGAUGCCUAGCUGUAGUGCCGGUAGCCGUUACUGGCCGGUCAUAGAAGGAACUGUCGAUUGUGGAGAGCCAAUCAUGGACGACUGGGAAAGCCAACCAUGA